CGAACGCGAGCGACAGCGAAGUGAGCUGGCCUAGUUUUUUGUGCUGUGGGUGGUAAUCGGUGCGGUAUCGGCAAAACUUUCUAGUUUCUACCUCUUUUUCGGUCUCACAUUUGUUAUUUAUAAUUUAAACGAACUAUUCUAGAAAAGUGCGUCUAUAUCUAGUAACACAGUUACUCUGUUAAACAGAAAUAAAAUAUUUGUAAAAUUGUUAACAUCCGUACAGUCGGCUCGACGACCACGGACAUUUCUAGAAUCUGAUAGAGGUUAUUCUCGGAAGGGUUGUUAAAACGCAGUUCUUGUUUUCGGUGUUGAAUGUUUUAGUAGCCUAAUUCACUUAUUGAAAUAUAUAAUUGCACGGUAAAUAUCUUUAUGGAAGAUUUACACAAGAAAAAAUGGGAAGAUCUGAAUUUGUCACGGGAUGAAUUAAAAAACAUUGGUGAGGCUCUUCAGAAAGAAGAAUUCAGGAACCUUUUGAUUGAAUACGCAAAAGAGAUAAAUGAUCCAGACAAUAGAAAACAAUAUGAACAAGAAAUCACUCAACUUGAGAAUGAACGAGGUGUUGAUGUCAAGUUCAUCCAUCCCUCAUCUGGGUACGUGGUAAAAACUAGUGUAAAUGGAGAAACUAAAGCCUUUAUUAACAUUUGCUCAAAUGACAAUGUGGGAGAGCCUUCUUCGACCCCAGGGUUUGAUGAAGGACAUCGAGGGCUUAAGUGGUCCAUUCCUUACUGCAUGGCUCCACCUAGAGAAGAUUUGGAUAAGAAAAACAAUUCUUGCUUGGUCUAUGAUGUAGUUUUUCAUUCUAAUACAUUGCAUCUUGCUAAGAACAAUGAGGCAUUUAAGAAUCUAGUCAAUAAUACUGCUCUUGAUGCAGUGGAAGAUAGUUUUCAUGUUUCUCUUGACAAGGUCAAUUUGAAAUUUCCAAAGAUGGCUUUUAAAGGAACUAAGCAUGCUACUGUAAUUCGAAAGAAAAUUGCAAACUUUCAACCGAGUGAUUGUUCAGAAAUACUAAACUAUCCAUACCCCCCUCCUAAAGAAGGUGAAUUCUCAAAAAUGAUGCCUUCAAAAAACACAAAGAUUGAAGAAAAGAAAACUAAAGAUGUUAGCAGAACUAUCCUGCCCGAUUAUACAAUUCCGAAAUAUAGUAUCAAACACCGCAACAGAAUAGAUAUGCAACAUUACACAAAUGAUCCACUUACAAAAAUGUCUAUGACCAUUCCAGACGAGCUCAUUGUAGAAAUAGAUUUACCACUUUUAAAGAACUGUAGUGAUUCCUCAAUUGAUGUUACUGAGAAAACUCUGAUUCUUCAGAGUGAAAGUCCUGCUAAAUAUAAACUUCAGUUGAAUCUACCCUAUGAAGUUGACAGCAAUAAAGGUAAUGCCAAAUUUGACACCGUUAAAAGAGUGUUGAUUGUGACUUUGCCUGUGAUAAAAACUAAAGCUAAACUCAACUCUUUGUUGGAACGUGAAGACAGUGGUGUUGAAAGUGACAUCAACAAUGGAAGGAAUAGCGGUGUAUCCAGCAGUGAUGAUGAUGCUUUGGACAAUGAUCAUUCUACUAUUAGUGGCAAACAACUGACUGAAUCUCCAAAUGAAACCAUAACUCAUGAGAAUAACAAAUCCCCACAAAGAUUUCUCAAACCAAAUAUUCACUAUAUCAUUCCAAACUUUGAAUGUCACCUUGUAAAAGACACUCUUUCAUUCAACAUUCAGAUACCAAAUGUAAACCCUGAAUCUAUUGCAUAUUGUUUCUUAAGUAAAUACCCUGGAUUUCAUUUAACAUUCAUAUCGAUUGGCAAUAGUUUUUUCCCUGUUAACUAUGCAAUGUAUGUUCGAUUGCCUACCCCAAUAGAAAGUGAAUCGUUUCACGUUGAAGUUUGGGAUAACAAUGUAAUUGCUCAAGUCAAAAUCACUGCCUCUUUUGAUGUACAAACUUUUAAAUAUUAUGUAGGCACUGAUGAAAAGGAUGCCAAGACACACUCAUUGCACGAUGAUCUAAAGCAGCACUUGGCUGCGGUCAGCGAAGAGAAAAUAUCAACUCCUGAUAUUCCAGUUGUUCAAGAAACUGAGAAGAGGAAUCUCCCAGACAUUCAGGAGGAACAGAAUGGAUAUAGGAUAGAAAGUUUGCAGAGCAAAAGUGGGAAUAAAGAAAAGAAGUUGAUAAAAGAGAUAAGAGAUUUAUCAAUAUCUGAGAGUGGAGCAUCCAGUUUUGAUGAAAGCAGUUCCUCACCAACCCACCAGAAACCCACCAAAUCUCGUACAGUUUCAGAAUCUCACAAUGGGGAACGGCGUAAAUGUCGAGGAAUCUUGAAGAUAGGCCGAAGUUUGUCAGAGUCAAGUGCAGAUGACUAUGCUUUUUGGAAUGAUGAAAAUGGAGAAAAACCCAAGAAAACUGUUCGCUUUAGUGAUGCGAUACAGACUCAAACAUUCAGAAUGAACUCCAGUAUCCUUGGACAGAGAAAAAAGAAUCAGCGAAAAACAAGAAAUAAAAAGCGAGCGAUGGAAAGAAGACUUAGCGAAAGCGGAGGAGAAUCGGAGGGAGAAAGUGAUAUGUCUGUGAUAAAUAACAUCUGGUUGAAAGAGCCAGAGUCCAGCGAUGUGUCGGAAGUGUCGGAUAUCUCAGAGUCGGCAGAAUCAGACGACGGACAAAAAGAGGAUCCGAAGCAGUUUUUGCCGUGCAGCAGCAAACGUAAUCACAAGAGAAGGGGCAAAAAGUCUGCUCGAAAGAGCGCAGCCACUGCCAAAUUUCAUUAUUCAGAAAAUUAGUUACGGAUAAUCAGUAGGGAGAUCAAUGUGGUUUUUGUAGUUUAUUUUGGUGUUCCAAUCAUUGUUCUAACUUUGGGUUUUGUAAUUUGUGUCCUAAUUUCUAUUUUGGUUUAGAUAGUGAACUGCAUCACUGCACCUUGCUUUCAACACAACCAGUACCUGUUUCAAUGUUUUUGAUAGUGAAUAGAUAUUUAUUGCAAUUUUACAAGUACAAAUUUAUAUGGAUUGAUUGUUUAUACCUAUAAAUAAAAGGUUCUAUUGAAUUGUUUUUGCAUUUCUAGUUAAUUGUUUGAAAAUAAAUUAUCAUGUAAUCAAUGUCACUGCCGUUUUAAACUUAUAACACUCCAUUAUGUAAGAUUUAUAAAUUUCAGAUAUUUUGUUUUCAAUUAACUUUUCUCAGGAGUGUGCAAUUGGUUUGAGCCAAGCCAACUUUUUCCAGAAUUCUCGAGUCCAGAUUUAAUAAGUCAAACUUUAAAGGAGUUGAUGAGUUUCAAGUAGGUCUAUUUGAUUGUUUUCCUGCUGAAUACUUCUUGGUAUUUUUUAUUACACUAAGUGUUGGUAAAAUAUUGUAUAAAUUAUUGAGGACAAGGCUCGUUUACAUAAAAGAACUACAGUGCCUCUAAUACUAACUUGGCUUUCAUAGUUUUUAUUUGGGAGAAAAAAAAAACUAGAAUUGAUAAUGGAUCGCCUAAAAUUUAGUUUUUCAACUAGCCUGAUAAGCCAAAAACUGUGUGUGCCCCAAAAAUUACAUACUUUAUAUCUGAUAACAUUGUUAAAUUGUAAAAGUAAAAAAUCUCACAUUGAAGAAAUUUUCAUAAAAUUCCUGGCAUUUAAACUGUUUUUUUGUUUUGAUUAAGUUGGUUUACUUUAGAUCAAUGAUAAAAGGAAUGUUAAUCUCAGGAUUGUUAUUGUGAGUAAUGCUGUUAAAAAAUCUCCUUCGCAAUGGAUUGUAAAAGAUAGUAAGGACGUAGUAGAGAGGGUAAUUGUUGAAAUCAUAACUAACAUGUUUUUGUGAAAAGUCACACUGUAGAUAAAAUAUAAUUUUAUAGUGACAUUAAAUAAUGUAGGAAUGCUUGUAUUGUUAUGAUGUAUAUUUUAAAUAGCACUUUAAAUGGAAAAUUAGUAACACUGAUUCACUAAGUCUAUUUUUACACUCUUUAUAUAUUUUUAGAUAUGACUUUAUUGUUAAUCCAGAUUUAUUGAAUUAUAUACCCUAAUUUAUACUUGCUAAACAAUAUGCUUUUAAACACUGCUUUAUUUCUUUUGUAAUAUUAUGCAUGACAUAGAUGAAAUCAAUACGUUUGUAGUGUUGGUGUGAAUACGCCUAGAAAUGCAUUACGGAGGUUAGUUGGAGUUGGAAUUUUGACUGUAUUUAUUGUGAUAAUUGAAAUGUUGUUAGUUAGUAACAGUAAGUUUUAAAAAUCGGGGGUUUUGUAUUUUUGUUCAAAAAUUGUUAUAUGAAUAAAAACA